GCCCUACUCGCAUGGAGCGUGUUCUCAUGCUCCUGCUCCUCCUCCUGCUUCAGCUCGACAUCUCCGCCCCAUUCCUUCACCUCCUCUCGCCGACUCCCCUCCUAGUUGCUGCUAGAGCGUCAGUUAUCGGGCGUGCAUUGUGGCUUCCCAUCGUUUGCCCUUCUUGCAUUGGAAGAAGCACCAUCACAGCGGUCCUCUCUUGACUUCACAAUGUCGGGCGGUUUCUUUCGAAUUGAGUAGUGCUUGCGCUGUGAUUUGGUGCGGUUGGGAAAUAUGCUUGUGUUCGUGAUGCGCCUCGUUUUUUCUUCCUUCAGAACUGCUGAUACCAGGCCCUUGCCUACUUGUUCGAGCUGCGGUGCUUCCAUUUUUUUGGGCUACACACAUUUCGUUUGUCCCACAAUGGGAACGUCUGCGGACCAGGAUACGCGUUUUUCAAAUAAAAUGAAGAAAUUGCUGAAGUCCCAAAAAUUUGCACCAGAGCUUGAUGUAAUGAUCGAUACCUCCAAGGUCCAAAUGGAUGUCAUAAAACCUUGGGUCGCUAUUAGAGUGACGGAGUUACUCGGAUUUGAAGAUGAGGUUCUAAUCAAUUUUAUAAAUGGUAUGCUUGAAGAAAAGAAUGUAGAUGGAAAACAUGUUCAGAUUCAGCUUACAGGCUUCAUGGAGAAAAAUACGGGAAAGUUUAUGAAAGAGCUUUGGAGUUUGUUAAUAAGUGCACAGUCCAAUGUGAGUGGUAUCCCACAGCAAUUUUUGGACCAAAAGGCUGAAGAAACUCGGCUGAAGAAGGUCGAAUCCGAGCGCAUUGCAGCAGAACUUCAGCGCAAGAGAGAUCUGGACAAGCUAGUUGAAGAGGAGCGGCAACGUGAGAAAGAUGCUGCGGCUGAAGCUGCAAAGAUUGCUGGGGGUGCUAAGGGGUUAGCAGACAAUGACCGGGACUCUAAACAUUCUGAUGACAGAAGAACAUCGCGGGGGAAUGGGAUUCUUAGAAAAUCGGUUAGCAAAAGUCGAUCUCCACCUGGCCGGAGUUAUAGCCGGCGACAACGUUCCAGACAUUCAUUAGACUCCAGUCUGUCCAGGUCACCAGUAAGAAGUCCGCUCAGGAGACGAGCAGAUUCCCGUAGUGUUUCUCGAUCACCUCGGCGACGAAGGAGAUCUAUAUCACGUAAUCGACCCUCUCGUGUUUCAAGAGUUGUACACUCUCCUGUGAGGCGGAGCUACUCACGAUCACCGAUUAGGAGAAGAAAAUCUCCACCUACAUAUAGGUCACCUGUGCGGCGUCGUUAUGCGUCACGGUCUCCACCUCCACGAAGGUCCCCAAGUUAUUCCCUCUCACCUGUGCCACGAAGGCGGGCCAGGAGUCCUUAUCGUCGGAGUAGAGCGGAUAUAAGGAAAGAAUAUUGGAGUCCUGAAAGAGUGGAUCGUCCUCGAGUGAGGGAAGGACGUAGUAGCGUUUCUCCAGUUUUUCGUGGAUCAGAAUUAUCUCCAAAGCCAUCCGUCACCAACCGACGGCCUACUGGUUUUGGAGUUAAAGCGUCUCCUGUCGAUGGUGAUGAUGAGGAAUUGGGCACGGACAGAGAUGCAAGGGGCAGCAUGGGAGACAAACGUGCGUUUCGUGAUGAAGAAGAGAAAAAGACUAGGGCUUCUGAUCGAGAAGCCAGAAAAGUUUCUGAAGAGAGGAGAUUGUAUAGUGACGUGAAAGAGCGGAAGGUAGGGUCUGACAGAGUUUUCAGAAAUAAAAAAGAGAAGUGGUCCCACGAUGGCUUAAACGAUGAAAACGAAGAAUCUCGGAGAGGUGGCAGGGAUGUAGUUGAAGAGAGGAGUCAAAAGAAUGAAUUGGAGAACAGGAGGACUGAGUUGGAUAGGUCCGCGAGGGAAACUAGAGAAAAGUGGGCUCAUAACGACUCUCAGGAGUGGCAGAGGGAGGUCACAAGAGGUAUGGGUGGGGUAUCGGGUGAAAAACGUCCGCACAGUGUAAUUGAACGCAACACUGAUGUCGACAGGGUUGGACGUUAUAAUCUCGUGGAGGACAGGUUUGACAAUGAUAUGGGAAGAAGGCUCGAGGAUAGAAUCGGCGGUAGUGGGAAGCGUGACAUGGAUAUGCGGAGAGAGGAUCGCAACUACAGUGAUUGGAGGGACAGGUCCACUGGGAGAGAAAGAAGCCCCUUCUCAGAGAAGCAGCAGGCAUCCAAGGAUACACGGAGGGCGAGGAAAACAGUUGAGCUAUCGCAGAGUCCUGGUAAAGAAAGGAGGGAAGACCAUGGGCGGCGAUCUAUUGCGCUUGAUAAUAAUGACUCGGAUAGUCUUAAGGAGAAGUUUUUGAAGAAAUCUAGAAUACAAGAGGCUAAGGACGGUGGGGCUACUAGGGAGGAUGACCAAGAUGACUUAUCACCAAGGGAAACCGAGGAAAAACGCAAGGAGGAAAAACGGCGUAGGAAAGAAGAGAAAAGGCUUCGCAGAGACGAAAGGCAUAAAAGGAAAAGGGAGAAGCAGAGGCGGAAAGACGAAAAACGUGCAAUGAAGACCGAAGCUGACAAUGGGGAGGAGAAAAGGAGAAGUCCUGAAGGAAAGGAGCAUAGUGACGAAGAGCACUCUGAAUAUGAUCAGAAGCAGCUAGAGGAUAAACUGCGGCAUGAAGCCCUAGAGUCACUGCGUGCCAAGAAGGCCAUAUCUCACUAAUGCUCUUGUUUUUGGAAGAUGUUUUUACCACAGUGAUGAGGUGUAUCAUGUAUGGUUGGCAGACUGUAUCUUGAGCUAUGAGGUUCAGAUAUGAAGAACUGUGACUUGUGGAUCGUGUCAGUUUAAUAGGAAGGCAAAAUAGCCUUUCUUUUUUGUUGGUUUAUCUUCUUACUGAAUGUCCAUGCUGGGCGGCAGGACCUUGACCACAUUCGGAACCUGAUCAAUCUGGAGAGGGCUUUAAAUAUCGAAGAUAAAAAAGUGGCACCGUUGCUGGUAAUAUUUGCUGGCUCUUGCAUGCAGUUCAUUUUUGUGUACAGGACCAUCACAAUUUGGUUUCUUCCUUGUGACCUCUGUGGCCUACUCACUGAAGGCAUAUCUAUGUUUUUUUAAGUGCAGCUUCGGUUGGAUACUGCAAGAACCUAUCCUUAUUUGCCAGCCAGCCUCCCGCAGGACAUAUACAGUUGCCCUUUCACUUUUUUUGUUAGUUGCUAGGCUCGCUUGGUUGAGAAAUAGCUGAGACUUGGCCCAGGUGAGGUUGUUGCUAGUCCUGAUGGUCGUCUGCAUCUGGCAAUCAGCAUGGCUGUUUGUAGUGGACACUCGUCUACGUUUCACUUUUUUCAUUAAUGCACAAUUGAUUUGCCUCUCAUC